UUGUGUAAUACCCUUUUUCUGAUGCAAGUCCUCCGCGGCAGUGGAGAGGGUGUCUCCUCUCAGCGGAGGAGAGCAGACCUCUCCUGCACCUGUCCCCUCAGCGGUGCUGCCAAAGCCGGAAACCGGAAGUUAGAAACCGGAACUCGGCUUCACAAUGAGGCUUGGAGCGCCGGUGCAGCCGCUCCAUCCAUCAUCUGUGCUCGUGGCUUGCCACACAAGAAUUUCUCCUCGCAUUUGGCGAACGGGCGAGUGGCUUUUUCAAGCCCUGUUGCAAUA